AUGAAAAAUGAAAAUUGUACUCUCAAAUAUGGUAAACGUUUAUUAAAAGAAGGUAAUGAAAUUUCAAUCAAUGGAAAAUUAUACAAAGUUGAAGAAUGCCAAUUACAACGAGCUUAUCAAACAUGUGGUCCUCAUCUGUGGCAUAUAAUUAAUAUUGUCUGUAAUGCUAUAGAUCAACACAAAAAUAAAAAUCGACUGGGAUCUCUCGUGCGACGAUUUUCACAAGAAAAAUUACUUUCUGAAGCUUGUUGUCUAAAUUCAUGUACUGUUUCUGAAAUGACUCGAUAUUGUCCUAGUUAA